ACCAGAAAUCUCCUCCCACACCUAUAUUAUCUAUAUAAGCACCCGUCCACUCCGCAGUCUUGCCAUCCCAGAACAAGCUCCAAACCAGCAGUGAGUGUACUCAGUUAUUCGUGAACUCCCAAAGUCCCAUUCGUUUCACUAGUCCGAUAUCCCAACAAUGUCGCUCGUUCCUAGUGUCUUCGGUGGCCGGAGGACCAACGUGUUCGACCCAUUCUCCCUGGAUGUAUGGGACCCUUUUGAUGGCUUCUUCACCCCCUCGUCCCUCGUGAGUGUCCCCGAGUCAGCCCGUGAGACUUCGACUUUUGCGAAUGCCCGUAUUGAUUGGAAGGAAACCCCCGAGGCACAUGUCUUCAAGGCGGACCUCCCCGGGCUGAAGAAGGAGGAGGUGAAGGUUGAGGUGGAGGAAGGACGGAUCCUUCAGAUCAGCGGGGAGAGGAGCAAGGAGAAGGAGGAGAAGAACGACAAGUGGCACAGAGUCGAGCGGAGCAGCGGGAAGUUCCUCCGGAGGUUCAGGCUGCCCGAGAAUGCGAAGAUGGACCAGGUGAAGGCCAGCAUGGAGAAUGGGGUGCUGACAGUGACUGUGCCCAAGGAGGAGGAGAAAAAGCCGGAGGUGAAGGCCGUUGAGAUCCAAGGCUAAGAUCAAAUACCGAUGUCUCGUGCGUGGGAUUUUCCGGUGUGAUUCGAUUAUGAAUAAGUGUAUUCGUUACCAAUGUGUGUCUGUGAGUGAUGUGAGAGAGUUGGUUUGUUGGUUUCCUUUUUUUCUUCGAUCGACAUAGGAGAGUUGGUUUACAUGUAAAAUGCAACCAACCUUCAUCUUUUAAGUAAAAAACUACUUGUGAAAUUGCAUCUAUGGCGGAUUAUAUU